AUGAUCCCUGUCCUGCGCGUCGCCACGCUUGCGGCACUCGCCAGGCACCUGCGACCUCGACAACGUCUACUUGGUUUCGACUUUUGUGGGCCCGCUGUCCUGGUCGCAGCUUCAGAUAGAGAACGCACGCAGGCGGCACCGUUUGGUGUGUUUUCACGCUCUACCGAUGGAGUCCAGGCGGACGCGACGUUGCUCAAUCAGGUAUUCGAGCAGGCACGCGAGUUUGACGCACACGGGCAAGUGAAUAUCGGGGCGAUUGUCGUGAACGUUGACAGCGCGCCUCAAGACGAAAACGUUUGCAUCGUACCGAGUCCUCCACCGGCGCUUGCUGAAUAUGUGGAAGCGCUCGCACGGAGCCUGGAUAAAGCCGUGGAUACCGAUGAAGAGCGCGCCCAAGGACUCGCUAUUGUCUACUGGAACCAAGCGCACGUACUGCGAACGGUGCGCGCACAGGUGCAGGACCUCCGAGGUGUCAUACACGAGCUCGAAUUGUAUCCGGAAAGAGAAAAGAUCAGUGCAGCAGAGAAUAACAUGGAAAAACCGGAACCCUUCCUGCGACUGUCGCUUCUGCGGAGAAUGCUGUUUGGGAACGGCGAAGGCAUUCCUUCGAGACGACUGCGCAAAGCGCUUCAUCGCAGGGAACGCAGACAUCCAGGAAGCUACCAUGAUCCAAAACGUGAGGAAAAAGAGGCUUUUGCUCGAACGUUCGGAGAGGAGCAUCUCGCCGUCCAUGAGAUUUUAGUGGAUGUAAUCGAGGAGCUGCGCCAAUUUUCACGUGAAGAUUCAUCAGAGGGAGCAAGUGUAGAGAACACAAGGGAGUCGACUAUGGUGCCUUAA